AUGGAUGGAGUUACCGAGGAGCCACAAUCCCCACCUCCCCAACCCGCCGCCGUGGCACCACCACCCCCACCCCCACCGCAGCCAAAUCAGUGUUUCCUCUGCGGUGGAAAGGUACUUGAGAAUGCUGCUGCCAUGGAAUAUCAUAACAAGGACGUUCAUAAGAAGAAUAACUUUGCCUUGACAUAUUCACACUUCUGCAAAUAUGCUUGUUCUGAGGAAGUUCCUGAGCUCCAAGACAUGGGAGGCCCUGCUGAAGGAGGAUUUAGUAUUGCUUUUGAUCCACUUGAUGGAUCCAGCAUUGUCGACACAAAUUUCACUGUUGGAAACAUCUUUGGUGUAUGGCCUGGGGAUAAGCUAACUGGGGUCACAGGAAGGGAUCAAGUUGCAGCAGCCAUGGGGAUAUUUGGACCAUGGAUUACAUAUGUUCUUGCUCUUAAAGAUUGUCCCGGGACCCAUGAAUUCCUCCUCCUUGAUGAAGGUUUGAACACGAAUACAGUCAACUAAAUAAGCAAUAUGAAUCUGAACAUUGCAACAUGUAAAACGCCAAGGCAACGGGUGAAGUGAUCAAAACUUUUAUAACCCCUUUGGAUG